UCAGAUGAAGAAGGAUUUGAUAGGAAGGUUAUGGUUGAAGAUCCAGUCGACGGCGCGGUCAUUAGUGGCGGUUUUGCCAGAAGAUACAAGUGGGCCAUACCUAGCAAAGUACUGAGCUUAAAAAUGCCAUCUUCAUUUCUCUUUAGUUCUGGAACUCCUUCCAGUCCUUAGGGAGAUGAAAAGUAUUUGUGCACUGGUGUGUCCCUCUGUCUCAUUAUCUUAAGAUCAUAACAGGACACGAUGGAGACUUUUACUGAACAGCGUUCACUACAUGAGAUGGGAAGCAGACCUCAAGACCCUUUAAACAAUUUUUGAAUUUAAAGGGAAACGAAUUGAUCUAAAAACAGCUAUCACAGUCUGAGCACCUGCUCUUCAAUGCUGCUCGCCAUGAAACUUAUAUCACAUGUUUCAAGAAUAGUUGUUACCCGAAACUAACCAGGUAGCACGACAUGCUAUCCAAAGCUUUUCGUCUUCAUUCAUACGCUUCAUCAUGUUAAGUUUUUCCAGAAAUAAUUGUAAUAACAGAAACUCCUAAAUCAGUUCCUAAAUUCCUACCAUGACACAAACUCUACCAUAAUCCUUUAGCUAUUCAAAUCGUAUUUCAGCGUAUACCGUCGCUACCGUAUGAUAUCUGACCGCUGGUCACCUCUAAUAAGUGAACUGCUAAUCGUAGAAGAUAAUCACUUUAUUCACUCCUUUCUCCUGUUUCCUAUAUUCGCUGGAUGGCGAGGAAAGAAAUAAAACGAUUCGUUCCCGAAAUAUGGGAGGGACCUAAAAAAGAAUUAUGUAAGUUUCUUCGAGUUAAAUGCCCCGAUGAUUCUUAUGUAAUUAGUUUACUUGCAUUGAAAGUUCAUUGCUGGAGUUGCAAUGGAGAAGAAUUCAGUCAGCUGAUUUGAUCAGAAAUACAGAAGGCAUAUAUUCCCUAAUAUUCACUCACUAACGCAACAGCUACCUCAUUGACGUGAACAGUUUCAACGAACUGCUUUUUUUCUCCCUUGCUCACGAAUGUCAUGAAACCAGCCACGUAACGUACCUUUGUUUUCACUGUGGGAUCAGCUGACUGCGCCUGGUCGCUUUCCUCGGCCGCUGCUGCCAUCUGCUGAAAUAUUCGCCCACAUACCACUGAACCCUUUCCAUUGUUAUUUCUGAGGAUAAAGAUGGCUGCUGGAUGUUGUGGAACCAAGAAACAGAAGCUGAACAAUUCUACCAGUAUAACAUGUAACGGGACAUCGUUAAUACCAAAUGGAGUGCGAAAUGGAAUGGUGGCGCAUCCAGAAAUGUGCUUUUUUUGUUUCGAUGUUUUAUAUUGUCAUUUACAUAGCCUUGAGCCUCCGAAAACCCCUAACUUCUGCAACGAUCCAUAUCCCCUGUUCGUGACAUGGAAGAUUGGAAAGGAUAGGCGGCUACGAGGCUGUAUAGGCACCUUUAAUGCCAUGAAUCUCCACUGCGGAUUGCGGGAGUAUGCAGUAACCAGUGCUUUCAAGGACUCUCGGUUCAGUCCUAUCACAAGAGAUGAGUUCUCCAAACUCCACGUAUCCGUCUCUAUCCUCCGCCAUUUUGAAGAUGGCAUGGACUACCUUGAUUGGGAAGUGGGGGUGCAUGGAAUACGAAUAGAAUUCCACAAUGAAAAAGGAAGCAAACGUACGGCUACCUACCUUCCCGAGGUUGCACCAGAACAAGGUUGGGACCAGAUCCAGACAAUUGAUUCUUUACUACGAAAAGGUGGCUACAAGGGGUCUGUGACUCCAGAUAUUAGAAGAAAUAUAAAACUCACACGUUACCAGAGCGAAAAGAUAUCUGUGAGCUAUCAAGACUAUCUCAACCAUUGGCGCAAUCGGCGGUGCUAGCAGAUACUGUGGGGCCCUCCUGGCCCCAGCAGUGGUGCAGUGAUGUGGACUGCUCCACCGCAGACUCUGAAUCUACAUCACUCACAGCAAACUGCCCCUUUGGUGUUGCCUCCUGCACCAAUUUUGCAUCCACAGUUUGCUGCCCCUCCACCACAGCCCUUUGUUCUCAGUAAUCAUCAGCAGCCGUUGUCGACAACUUCUGUGGUGCACUGGUGGGACCAACCUGGGCCAUCAGCCCUUUAUCAUGAUGCUCAGUCCACAUCCAGCAGCUACAACCACAACCACCACCAAGUGAGAAAACGCAAGUGACGAUAGCUGUUGUUAAUUGUAAAGAAGCUGUGUUGUUAGUUCACAGUUCCGCCUUGUGCCUACAACCAGCCUUGCAUUGAGAGCUUUUACCUGUGAUGUUACUGGGUUUUUGAAUUAGGUCUAAAACUGAAAUGGCAGCUUUCAUCGAUAAAUGCAAGUUGGAUGAUAAUAUUUGUUGCAGUGCGUGCAAAAUCGUGUUACUGAAAGUUAUCAGUGUCAUAAUUUUCCCCUCAUGAUCUCAGCAAGUGGACAUAGUAGAUCUGUAAUACUACUGAGAAACAUUUGGUGACAAACUUAGUAACGUGAAAGUGACUUACGUCAGUACAGUGUUAUUGUGUUUUUACAGAUAUAUCUAUAUGUAUAUGUAUACAGGUAUACAAAUAUAUACAAAGCUGUAUAAAGCGGCCUUAGAAACAGAUGAAUGUUAAAUUUGCCUAUGGUACUUCAAGGUAUGUUGAAAAUGUGCUAAAUCAUGUGAUACGAGCAAACGUGUCCAUUUGAGUGAAUUAGCAUUAUUUGAAAUACCCGUACUCACUGCCAUUUAUUCGUCUGCAAAUGGUGAAUGUUAAAAAUGAGUGUAUGAAAAAAAAUGAAAACAUGGUGGCAGAUUGUUCCUUGUGAUCUCCUCAUAGUGAUCGCUUUUGUCAGAAAUUUCGUUUGUGUACGACUGUCCAUUUUUAUAGAAGUGGUACUAUUUCGGAUAUCUUGCUGAAUAUUGGCACUUCAUUAGCAAAGAAAAUGUUGCUAAGUAACUCAAAAUAACUUAUUUUCAAGAAAAAAAAUCAAAAUGUAAAGAUCAGCUUACACCAUGUUAUAUGCUCAGGAAUAAGUACUGUUUACAUGAGAAAAUGAGGAAAGUGUAGUUUAUGGAACUAUGUGUAAUGUUUUCCAUAUCUAAAUGUCAAACAUUUGGAAAAUUUUUGUUAGUGUUGAUAUUUUUGUGACUUUUUUGCCAGAUAAUUUAAGAGGAAUGAGCCUGUUUUUAGCUAUACUAUAUGAGAAACUUAGUGGAAGAAUGAUUACUGUUUACAAAAGACUUUCGAUUCUGAUGAAUUACAUUGUGCUUGUGGAUAGACUAUUCUUUUCAGGUGUUACUUGUUAAUCAGGAAUUUGUCUUCUUUCAGGCCAUUACUUUGUAAUGGGGAGUAUGAGAGAUGAAACUAAUACAACGUUUUUUUCUUCAUUGUGGAAAAUAUUUUUUUUAUGUAGUUUCAGGAUUUAUUUAAGGGAUGAUGAGCUUCAGACUUUUGGAAGCAUCUUCUUGUAAUCAGUACUGCAGUACCAAACAAAUUAAGAAUAGUUAAUAUAUAGGUAUAUAUCAGCCAUUCAACAGUUGUGUUAUGUUCUGUAAUAAAUUUACUGACUCGCCAACUAUUUCAUUGUUUCUGCUGUAAAAUGACAAUUCUAUUAAAAGUAGUUGUAGUGUAUCAGUAUGCCUACUCUUAAUAUAGUUAUAGUUUUAUAUUAUCCCUGUUCUCAGAGAUCUUACCAUCACUAGUAAAAACUUGGUAUAGAUAAAUACAUUCAAUUUGCAUUUUACAUAAAAUAGGGGCUUGUUCACUUUCAUUCAGUAAUGGUUUUCUUCUUUUUUGCAGUGUAUACGUGUAAAUGCCACUAUGUGUGUGUUGUUCGUUAUUACCUAUAAGAUGUAAAUGGAAAUAGUAAAAUCAAGUGAUAAUAUACUGACAUUUAUGAGAUGCUUACUGUAACUAAACUAACAUUAUUUUCCAUGAUUUUUUUGUGCAUACCUUAUUGUGGUACUGCAGUAUUCAAGUAAAGAUCUCGAAAGAGGUGUGUUUUAUAUGCGUAAUUAUUUUUGUUGAAUUAAUCUAAAGCACUUCUACAGAGUCACACUUAAUGGGAAACAUCUGUUAUACCGUGAUCCUCACGAUUUGUGUGAACCCUAAUGCAAGAAGCAACAAAACAAACUUAAAAGUGUGAAAAUUUGUGGAAUGUGCCUGUGUUGCUCUUUUUUAAAUGUUUUAGUAUGUGUAUUUAAGAGACAUUGCUCUGACUAUCGGAAAGGUAAUAUGAGAAAAUACUGUAGAAAUGCUGAGGAAGACCACUAGUAAGAAAUGUUGCCAGACAUGCUUGUUUUGCAGUUUGUCAGUUUUGGACUUAAGCUUAUGGUUGAUGAAUGAUAAAUAUUGUCAUAUGCUAGGUGCUGUUUUCACUUAAAUUGUUCUGGCCUACAGUGGAUUCCAGGAACUGUGUGUCACCUGAAUAAUUGUUUUAAACAAUAUGUAAUCACAGUACUAGGAUGAAUGCCCUGUAAGUUAGAGUGAAUGUGGAAGCAUAAAUAUGUUAAACUGUGUUGUUACAGUCUGUUUUCAAUAGGUUGUUGAACAUUGGUUUUCUUAAAAUUUUUGUAAGUUUUGCUUAGGUGGAGCUGUCAUGUUAGACAUUUUCCAGUAAUGUAGCUCUGCAUUAAUAGAAUUUGUUUAUAUUGGUGUGUUUUGAUAGAAUGCCAUGUUUUUCCUUAUGGUACAUGUGUGUAUUGUUGUUUUUUAAGGGAAGAAACUUAAAAACACUGCUUCAGUUGUUACAUAAAUAAACUGUAUUUAAAGAUACAUGUGCAUUAAAUGUUUCAAAAUUAGUUCAAUUUGCAGUAGAUGUCACAUUUUACAUGUUUCAUAUUUCUGAACUGUGUGUAAUACAUGUUGAGUAUUACAUAUUCUGAAUCUAAAUAAAACUGUUUUGAGUGUAAACAAAGCAACAAAUGUGAAAUUUUAACAUUACUUAAAAUAGCCCAUAAUGGUUUGCUGUUUGCAACAAAAGCAUUGAUAUUUAUUUUAACAGCAAACUGUUUAUGUUCUUCAAGCAUUGCCUCAAAUAGGUAUUAGUGUUUGUAUUGUGAAACUGAGAUGAAAGUAAUCAGUCCGAAAUUAGAAUGUUUUGUACUGUUACAAAGCACAUUUAAUGCUACCAACACUAUUUUGGAAAUAAAAGAUGAUAGUAGUAUUGA